AUGAUGGUGAAAUUAAAACAAUGCCUUUUUCAGCGACCAUACAGGCAAAUUCGUGCCUUUAGUGAUGUAACUUUUUCUCUAUUGAUUACAAUCCUGAAACCUCUAUCUACAAAUGGAGAUAUUUUCGCGCGCAUACUUUAUGGCGAUCGCGCAGUCAUAGCGGAUCAUCCAUACUUCGCCGGUUUCGUGCACUGCGGGGCUGCUAUAAUAUCGGAAAGAUAUCUGAUCACGGCCGCACAUUGCUUUGAAGAGCACAGUGCUCGACAGAGAGUCAGACAAGCUUACGUCGGUGGAGAAACUACACAGAACAGUCAAAUUGUUCACAUAGAGUCUAUUACACUACACCCGGAGUAUUUUAAGUUGGAUGGUAUACCUUUCAACGAUGUGGCUAUUAUUCGAUUGAGGAGACCUUUAAGAUUCUCUGACAAAGUGCAGCCGGUAAAACUGCCCACGCGCAUGAAUUACAACCGUUCUCGUUUGGUGUUUGUGGGCAGGGGGACUGAUGAGACUGGUAAUAUGUCAAGAGAAUUACGUAGAAUGGACGUACAAAGAUUGACAGUAAACGAAUGUAUUUCACUCAUCCCACAACAAUAUCAUAUAUAUGUGCAACGGUAUAAAAAUGAACUUUCAAAAAUCAACAUUUGCGCUACGAGAAUGGGGAACAAGCCAGGAAUGUGCUUUGGAGACUCUGGCAGUCCUUUAGUUCAAGGUGACGUACUUGUCGGUCUGGCCUCUUAUGGUGGACAAUCGUGUGCGCAGAACCGUUUAGGUUUUUAUGUCAAUGUUGCCUUUUAUACGCCCUGGAUCAAGCAAGUGACAGGCUUGAAUUAA